UAUCAAUGUCAGAUCUAGCAAUACCAGCGAAAGAAAUUAAUGCGAUUGUGCUCACCCGAUGGCUCCUCACACCACUCGGUGGUUGGCCAUUAAUGAAGAAAAGUCCAUCAACUGGGGAACUAUUCAUCGCAAUUAUUCUGCAAUUUUUCUGUUACAGUUUUAUUCUAUUCGCCCUCAUUCCAGCCAUAUUCCACAUAGUUUUUCGCGAAAAAAAUUUAAGCGCAAAAAUUGCAUUAUGUGGACCCGUUGGCUUCUUCAUGAUGAACAUGCUGAAGUAUUCAGCGAUUAUUCGUCAUCGAAAGAGCAUUAAAAAAUGCAUUGAAAUGAUUGAAACCGAUUGGAAGAAGGUCCACAACGACAAAGAAUGGAAUAUCAUGAGGAAAAAUCAACUGAUAGGAAGAAAAUUAACCAUUGUGUGUGCUUCGUUCAUCUACACAGGAGGAAUGUCCUAUCAUACUGUGAUGCCAUUCCUCAUGGGAAGUCCUGCAUCCAGUGAAUAUUGUGGAGAUGACCGGCCCCUGGUGUUCCCAGGUUACGAUGUCCUAUUUGAUCCGCUUAUCACACCUGUCUAUGAAAUUGUUUAUUUUUCCCAUUGUUUUGCUGCUUUGAUUAUUUAUACUAUAACUACAGUGUCUUGCAACAUUGCUGCUAGUUUUGUGACCCAUGCAAGUGGACAAAUUGAGAUCAUUGUGGAGAAGCUCAAUAGCCUUGUUGGCGAAGGGAUUGGGCCAGAUCAGAAGUGUCUUCAUAAAAAAAUGGGAGAUAUUGUUCGACAUCAUGGAAGAGUGAUCAGAUUUACUAGAAAUAUUGAAACAGCUGUCCGUGAAAUAUGCCUCGUGGAGGUGUUUGCAUCAACAAUAAUCAUCUGUCUGCUUGAAUACUACUGCCUGACGGUAGAAAAAUGUACAAAAUCGGGUAUAAAAAAAUAUCCAGUUUUUUUGAGUGAAUUUUGCUUCCAGACGUGGAAUGAAAGCGAAACCAUUGGAAUAAUCACUUAUUUCUUGCUCCUGGUUUCCCUGAGCUUUAAUAUUUUCAUUUUUUGUUACAUUGGAGAGCUUUUGAAGGAAAAGUGCUAUGAGGCUGGAUAUUCAGCUUAUUUGAUUGACUGGUAUCGUCUACCACCGAAUACGGCCGCUACUUUGAUAUUGAUCAUCGCAAAUGCACAAGUUCCGCGGAAAAUCACGGCCGGCGGAAUGCUUGACCUAUCACUGAGCAGUUUUCUCACUGUCAUGAAGACGUCAUUGGUGUACUUGAAUUUAUUACGAACCGCGGAAGCUUCAUGAGGUGCAACAGAGAGGAAUCAAUUUGUACAUCGCGUGAAAUAUUAGAGGAGAAAUUCUCUUCAUUUCAAUAUUUUUGGCGAUUUUGAGUAUUUUAUCAGUGAAGUAAUACGAAAUAAACCUUCACUUGACGAAAAAGUACAAAUUUGACAACGGUCAACUUUUCCUAUAACAUUUGUUCUCCCCAUUGACUUUAUAAUCCCCCUUUCACUGUGUAAAAAGCGAAAACAGUGAAAUAAGAUUAUUUUCAAUCCCAUGACUCCGAUUAUUGACUUUUGUCUGUCGAAUAUUGAAGGAUUGAAGUAAUAAUUAAUUGGAAAUCACUUACCCCUUCGUCGUUCCCUUAAACAGCAUCCAGACUCCGCAUCCGAAACGGAAGUACACCUGCAAAAAACCCCAAA